UCAUUUCAAGUCCAAUAAGUUCAGUUUAGUGCAGGUGUAAUAAGUUCGGUUCAGUUCAGGUCUAAUAAGUGCAGUUUGGUUCAGUCCAAAAGAACAUAGCCUUAGAAUUCAAACUAUUUCAAAACUUGAUCUUGGAAGCCUAGAAUAAUUAUUAACUCUUUUUAAUUCUCUGCUUCGUGGAAAAUGCAAUUGAACUUGGUGAAUUACUUUCACAAUACUCCCUCCGUCUCAAAUUAGUUGUUACACUUACCUUUGCACAAAGUUUUAGGUGAUAAGUGGUUGUUUGGUUAUCAAUUGUUAUUUUAUUGAAAAAGUAGAUGUGAUAGUAGUUAGUGGGGUAUUUUUUUUAAUCGAAUGAGAGAGAGUGUGGGGACAAAGAAAAAUUUAGUGGGAAGAGAGAUAUAAUAUAAUAAUUGUAGGGUCAUUCCUAAUUUAGAAGUGUAACAACUAAUCUGGGACGGACGAAAAAAAAAAGUGUAACAACUAAUCUGGGACGGAGGGAGUAUUUACAAUUUCCCCAUUUUCGAAGACUCGACUAUUGAGAAUUUACAAGUCAAUGAACUACACAACGAUCAACAUGCUUAAACAUAGAAAUGCUACGCAAACUUGAGGGGGUAAAAGAAGGCCUAACUAAAAAGUAAAAAUGAAAAAGAAAAAAAAAAGAUUACAAGAAAAGAAAAUGAGGGGUAUUGUAGGAAAUUGACGUGAUUGUAGACAGAAAUAAAUCGUGGUUACUUAGUGGUGUAUAUGGAAAGCAAGCCACUAACCGUUUUAACCGCCACUUUUCAAAAUCAAAAUCAGAAGUAGUCCGUACGGGGAUGUAUCCUAAGCAGAAAACAUAAACAUCUUAACUCUACAAAGUACAAAGUGAAGUCAUAUCAAGUUAAAAAUUCAAGCAUCAGAUGAAUACAUUAUGAGAAGUUGCAGGCGCGAAUCUCGAGUAAGGAAAGGUCCAUGGUCUGCUGAAGAAGAUGAAGUUCUUAUCAACUUUGUCAACCAAAAUGGACCUAGAGGCUGGAGCUCCAUUCAAUCCAAAGGUCUUCUUCCACGAACCGGCAAAUCAUGCCGUCUUCGUUGGGUCAAUAAACUCCGACCCAAUCUUAAAGUAGGUUGCAAAUUUUCAGCAGAGGAGGAGAGAAUAGUGGUGGAAUUACAAGCAAGGUUUGGUAACAAAUGGGCAACAAUUGCUUCACAUUUGUCAGGUAGAACUGAUAAUGAUGUCAAAAAUUUCUGGAGUUCUAGGAAGAAAAGGCUUGCUAGAACUUUGAGUUCCACUUCACAGCCUACCAACAAGCACCCGUGCCGAAAUCAGAUCAAACAGAAUUCAACACCACUUCCUCAACUCCCAUCUAACUUGGAGGUUCCUGAGAGUAGCAACUCUAUGAUUCAAGUGGGUGCACCUUCAUCCUUGACUUCUGAAUCCAUACAGACAGUAAAUGGUUCACUGAUAAGCACAAACCCCUCAAAAAAGUCUGCAAUAUCAGAGUCAUCAUGGUUCAUCCAACACCCUAACCCUAACCCUGCACCUGCAUUAUCAGAGUCAUAUAACACUCUUCCACUCUUACCUGAUCAUCAUCAAAUGAUAGAUUUUGAAUCUGUUUUUGCUGAAUCAAUAACAAGCUUCUCUCAAUCAUCAUUCCAUUCCACAAAUGGUUAUGAUUUCGAUAUGUCGUUUUUCGGAGGGUCGUUGGAGGGUAGCUGCAGCAAGAGUGUUGUUGUCCCUGUUCAGAGAGAUCCAGUUGGAAAUUUGAUCAACAACCCAGAUGGUUUCUUUGAUGAUUUCCCAACUGAUGUGUUUGAUUGUCUUGAUCCAUUACCAACUUCUUUGGAUUAAUUCCAUUGAAAUUUGUUGAACUAAUAUUUAUUUACUCUUUUUCAUGUCUAUUUCAGAAUUACUUGUUCCACAAAUCUUCUGCAAUAUGAUUCAUUAGAAUUUGUGUUCAUUUCAAUCUUGGUGUAGAGCAGAGUCACAAGGACAAUGAUUAUUUAAUGAGUUAGAUUUCAUUUUCAUUUUAGUCUUGGUAUGUGUAGAGAAAGUCAUAAGGACAAU